CCGGAAGAAAUUUAUCAAGGAAAGACCCUUCUGGACGUACUAUGUGAUGGCUGGUUUGAGUAUUACGUUGCUUUUACUUUACAUUCGGUUUCAUCUACUUCAAGUCCUGGCUUUAGAAGCACAAGACAACAUCUCACAAGGUCCUCCUCAGGAUCCACGAAAGUUUUCUACUGCUCUCAGCUUAGACGACGUUUACGAGCAAACAGAAUACGUUUUGGACCAUUUGCCCUUUGACUGUAAUGGUAAACCUGACGGGGCUUAUCCUGACUAUCAGAGAGCAUGCAAGUUUUUCUACCUGUGUGAAAGAGGACAAACCCACGUAUUCUGGUGUUUUAAUGGCACCAUUUUCAAUUCCGACACUGGUCACUGUGACUUGGCACAUAGGGUGCGCUGUGUUGACCCCGAGAAGUCAACCUCGUCAGCGCUAGUUGGAGAGUGUAUGGAUCAAGAGGAUGGGGUCUAUACUGACUACGCUAGUGGCUGUAGUGGAUUUUACUUAUGUCGAGGAGGGCAAAAAGUGGACUUCAGAUGUCCCGAAAACAAACGCUUUGACUGGAGGAUAGGAUCAUGUCGAGACAUGCAGGAAGUACCUUGUUUCCAACUGUCCUGUGAGAACAAGCCUGACGGAUUAUAUGCUGAUUAUGUAGAGGGCUGUAAGCGAUAUUAUUUAUGCCGUGGCAGUGAAAGAUUAGAGUAUAUUUGUCCUCCGGGGAAAAUUUUUAAUGAACAAAUAUUGAAAUGUGAUCAUCCCAAUCGAGUACAGUGCUUCAAUUCCUCUACUUUUAAUUGUAAUGGCAUGCCUGAUGGUUAUUAUCCACAAUAUGAUAAUGGCUGCCGAGCGUUUCAUCUCUGCAUUAAAAACAAACCGAAGAGUUUUUCUUGUCCUGCAAACUUAGCAUUCAGCAAACGCCCUCUAGCUUGCGAUUACCCAUCUAAAGCAAACUGUGAGAAGCCUGCAAUUUCGGAAUGUCGGAAUAAGUCUAAUGGGAUAUACGUCCUGUCGGAAACUGGUUGUCGGGAAUUUUUGAUUUGCAGAGAUGGCCACGUGACACAUCUCGGAGCGUGUGCUCAAGGUAAGCUGAUGAAUCCAGCUACUUGGAGAUGUGACCAUCGUUCGUUGGUGAAAUGCUCUUCAGCAAAGGAUCCUGACUGCGAAGGUAAACCUGACGGCAUGUAUCCCGAUAUUAACACUGGUUGCUCCGCAUAUUAUGUGUGCAUUAGCCAUCGUAGAAUCUUAACUCAGUAUUGUCCAGAGUCGACUUUGUUUGAUGCCUCAGUUGGAAGCUGUUUGGAAUCCCCUCUUGUCUACUGCCAGAAUAGUCCUGUCCUCACUUCAGUUCAUCAGUGGAGUAUGUCUCAUUAUGGCUGUGAAGGUCGAAUAGGAUUAUUUCCAGAUUUCAUUUCUGACUGUAAUCGUUACUACAUUUGUGCAUACGGAAGAAAAGAAUUAAUGAAGUGUCCAGAAGGUAAGAGGUUUAGUGCUGUGACUAAACAAUGUCAAGAGUCUAAUUCAGUUUCCUGCAUAGCCCCGAAAAUUCUUGGAAAUUUCAGAUGUUUGCAGGGUGACGAAGGAAUAUAUAUGGAUGUAAAAAGUGAUUGCACGAAAUGGCACGAGUGUUGGGGAGAGGCCGGAUGGACAUACCUUUGCCCCAAAGGUAGCCGGUUCAAUGUGGUUACACGCUCCUGUGAUAUCAGUGAUAAGGAAGAUUGUCAAAAUAUUGGAGAAGAGCUAUUUCGUCCUUAUACAUUUAACUCGCAAAUCAUCCGUGUUUUACAGAAAACGGACUCUACAUUUAGUUGCCGAGAAAAACUCAAUGGGAUUUAUUCUGCCGGAGCACUGAGCUGCAGAUUAUUCUAUAUAUGUGCUAAUGAAUACGCAUUUUCCUACAUGUGUCCUGAAAAUCUAAUGUAUAAUUUUAGAACUGAAUCUUGCGAUGAUCCUAUUCGGGUAAAUUGUCAACAAGUACAGGACCCGUGGACUGAGGACAAUGAUGACUUUUCGUGUAGCUUAAAAACAGACGGUAUGUAUCCAGACUAUUCCACAAACUGUCAGAAAUAUUUCAUCUGCGAAAACGGACAAAAAAUGACGGUCUAUUGUCCGAAGCAUCAUUUAUUUAACACUUUAACAAUGGUUUGUGAGCUGGAAUCUCAGGUAAAAUGUAGACUUCCACUUUAUGACGAGUACCAAGUACCACAAGAAAAUGUCAAGGAACACGUAAUAACUAAUGAAAGAAGAAGUAACAAUUCAACAAUUGACCAGUCACAUAAAAAUGAUUCUUCCGAAGGCUUUAAACCAAUAGGCUUUACUGAGACUCAAAACAAAACUAAUGCAUUUUCAAAUGAGAAAAAUCUAAGAAACGAAACGCGAUUGACGAAUGAAAAACAACCAUAUCAUGGUAAAAUGUUCACUGAGAAAGAUUCUAUUUAUCAAAGAGAUGAAAUGAUGAAAGAAACGAACUAUCCUUUUUUUAGCGACGUAUUAGUAACAACACGCGUGCCUAACGAUUAUGAAUAUUUUAACUAUGAAAUAUAUGACAUUCCUGAGUCAUACAGUGCAAAAGUAGAAAAAGAAGGAGAAACAUAUGGUAAGUAUCACAGAGUUAUGGUUAUUGCUGGUAUUGCUCAGGACAAGACGAAAGAUGGCGUACGAGAUGAAACUUUUUAUGAAACGCAACUACCUUACGAAAGGCUAGAAUACGAUGAUGUUAACCGAUAUGAUACUCCAUACAACGUUGAAACAGAAGACGGAACAGUGGUAGAAAGACCACGUAUCGCCACCACUACAACAUCUAUUCUCAAAGAAGGAUUAGAAUACUUUCGAAAUACUGCGCAACUUGUCGGGUUAGGAAAUACUAAUGAAACAAACAGCGUUGUGAAAGAUGUGAAGGAAAAAUACUCAGUAACACCCAGUAUGAGAAGCAGAAUCUCUCCACCUAGCAGCAGCAGUAGUGAAUAUGAAGGUGGAAGCCAAGAGCCAUCAAUUAACAAAUCAAAUAUAAAGUCACAGCCGAACGAGAGUGCCAGUCAAAAGUACUAUUUUCCUGUAACGAAAACGAGUUCCCAAGAAAACACUUUGUCACCAUUACGUAAAUCUACACUUGGAGAAGAGGCAUCAUUGUUCCCAAGGUCGACAAGAAGACCUCACACAGUUACUUAUAGACUGAUUCAUCAUACUUCAUUACCAGCUAUAAUAAAUCCUCCCCUUAGCACUCAACAAUAUUCAAUAGGAGAAACUGACUUUAGUUCUUCAUCAAUACGCCAGUCUGAUGAGACAGCAUCAGAUUCAUCACUGACGAAUGAACAUGGGUUUGAAUGUCCCGAAGGAGAAACUGGUUUCUUUCCAGAUUAUGAGAGCGGAUGUAAACAAUUUCAUAUUUGUUACAGAAAUAUCAAGAAAACAUACAGCUGUCCAAGUGUGUUGCUUUUUAACCCUGAAUCAAAAAAUUGCGAUCUUCCUAAAAACGUCUUUUGCCAAACACCAAAGCUUUCCAGCGUGAAAGAUAUGAAAUGCGAAGAGAGAAUGAAUGGAUAUUAUCCAGAUUUUAAGUCGGGAUGUCGACAGUAUUAUGCUUGUUUUCAAGAUCAGGUAUUUCUAUACACUUGUUCCACAGGAAAACUUUUCAAUCCUAGGACAAUGGCCUGUGACUUGGCCGAAACUGUAUUGUGUGUUAACCCUGAAAAACCUACAACAGACAUUACGAUGCGUCCGAAAGCCAGCAAUGUUGUUGACAAAAUGUCUAAACCAGCUCAUGUCCAUGGUGUUCCUCACCGUUUUUUGUUCGAUUGCUCUAAUAAGCCGGAUGGUUUCUACCCUGAUUAUGCGAGAUCCUGUCACGUAUUCUAUAGAUGUAAAGAUGGAAAAAAGAUUUCACAUUAUUGCAAGCAAGGAUUUUUAUUCAAUGCCGAUCUAGGAAUAUGUGACUUUGAAGAAAACGUCACUUGUACUUCCCCCACAAAUGAUAACGUUACGGAACAGCUAUGAUGCACGUGACAAACAAACAGCAGAUUGAAAAUCAAAUUUCAGAAAAUGUUCAAAUUGAGAAGAGCUCUAUUAUUCUCAAAGCAGGGAUUUUCGUUCACAUAACGGUUGUUUAAUAAAAGAACUCUUAGACUAUUUAAAUGAGCGUCUCAAUCUGAGAAAAAAAUGCAGUGAAUAUGUGUGUGUGUGUGGGUGCAAGGGAGCUGAUAAGAUGAGCUGCAAGUCUAAAUGAAAGAAAACAGCUAAUAGAGUAACUCACAUGCGAUAAUUCCCUAAUAGCUUAUUAGAAACCAAACAUAAUAUCAAAUAAAACUAUCUUUUGUGAUAAACAAAUAAUUACCGGGAAGAUUCUUGUGACAACUAGGUCGUGCCAUAAACAAAACAGUUUUUCUCCAUUUAGGUCAGUAACUAUAUUUGAUUAACGUUAAAUUUUUACUUUUUGAAUUAUGAAUAAUCAACAAUGCUAGAGGUUUUGU